AUAUAUUCCGUUAUCCAAGUCUCUGCCCAGCUUGGCUUAAGAAAAGGCAGUUUAAAUUUGUGCAUUUGGUUUUAUUGUUUUAAUUUAAUUUUAAAGAAAAAUAGAAAAAGAUUUCUAGAUCAUUUACAUAUUCAAAUCUAGAUAUACUGUCGUCCUACAUAGCAUUUAAUUAAAUUCAUUUAAAACUGCGUCUUCAUCUUUAUUAACCUUUUACCCAAGCUGCGACUUUCAAACCACCUGCUUGCACAGUUAAUCGAAUCGCGGCCAUUAUCAUCUUAACUUGAUUCUUUUCUUAAGACAAACAAAAAGAAGAAUUAACAAUCUAAAAAAUGCGCGAAGUUAUUUCUCUACAAAUUGGCCAGGCAGGUGUUCAGAUUGGUAAUUCAUGCUGGGAGUUAUACUUGCUGGAGCAUGGAAUAAAUCCAGAUGGAUCGAACAAUAAAACCGAAGCAAACACGGACGACAGUCAUCAUACAUUUUUCUCUCUUACCGAGUCUGGUCGAUAUGUGCCUCGUACGAUAUUUAUCGAUUUGGAGCCUACGGUUAUAGACGACAUUAAAUCUGGACCCUGUCGAAGUCUUUAUCAUCCACAACAGCUUAUAACGGGCAAAGAAGAUGCAGCAAAUAACUACGCGAGAGGUCACUAUACCAUCGGAAAAGAAAUUAUAGAUCCAGUGAUGAAUCGAGUUCAAAAACUGGCCGAGCAAUGUGAAGGGCUGCAGGGUUUCUUAAUAUUCCAUAGCAUGGGUGGAGGAACCGGAUCGGGAUUUACUUCAUUGCUGAUGGAACGGAUAGCAUGUGAAUACGCCAAGCUCUGCAAACUUCAAUUUGCCGUCUACCCGUCGCCUAAAGUAUCAACAGCUGUUGUCGAACCUUACAAUUCCGUCUUAACAACGCAUUCAACCCUUGUGCACUCGGAUUGCGUAUUCAUGGUAGAUAAUGAGGCUAUAUACGAGAUUUGUCAAAAAAAUCUUUCAGUUGAUCGUCCAAACUACACAAGUCUCAAUAGGCUGAUAGCGCAGGUUGUUUCGUCCACUACUGCUUCACUGAGAUUCCAAGGAUCAAUGAAUGUGGAUCUGAAUGAGUUCCAGACAAAUCUUGUACCAUAUCCCAGAAUUCAUUUCCCUCUGGUCGCUUAUGCUCCCCUGAUGUCGGCCGAGAAAGCCGUUCAUGAGCAGUUCUCAAUCUCAUCACUUACCAACAGCUGCUUUAGUCCGGGCAAUAUGAUGGUAAAAUGCGAUCCACGACGAGGCAAGUACAUGUCUUGCUGUAUGUUAUAUCGUGGUGAUGUGGUCCCCAAAGACAUCAAUGCCGGUGUUUCGGCAAUAAAAUCCAAUAGAAAUAUCACGUUCGUCGAUUGGUGUCCAACUGGCUUCAAAAUCGGUAUCAACUAUCAAGCUCCAACUGUGGUACCAGGCUCGGAAUUAGCAAAGACUUCAAGAGCCGUUUGCAUGUUAUCCAAUACGACUGCCAUUGCUGAGGCUUUUACACGACUUAAUAAUAAAUAUGAUCUUAUGUACCAAAAACGUGCCUUCGUGCAUUGGUAUGUGGGUGAGGGAAUGGAAGAGGGCGAAUUUUGUGAAGCUCGUGAGAAUUUAGCCUGUUUGGAAAGAGACUUUGAGGAAGUCUCAGCAGACACGAAUGAUGGUGAAGUUGGCGAUGAUGAUGAAUAUGAAUAUUGAUUGAAAUACAAUUUUUUCUAAUAUUAACAUUAUUAUGUGUAGUUAUGUAAUUUAUAAACGAUUUUUAAAAACCAAUUAAUAAAAACAAUGUUGUUAUGUUAGUAA